AUGUUCGAAUCUGUCAACUUGGAUGUAAAUUCCCCAGAAGAUAAGGAACUGGCUAAAGUUUUGUCCCCACCGGGUAGUUAUCUUUCUCCAGCUUCACUCGACAGUAGUUCAUCGUUCACGAAUAGUGGAACUUCGACUAGUUGCUUUGAACCAAAAAGUAAUCUACCCUCUUUAUCAUUUUUAAAUGCUAGAGCGGGAUCUUUAGGUGGCAUUUUUAAUCAUAAUCAGAUGACCUCACCGUCUAGUUCGAAUGUCAGAAGUGAAAAUGUUGAAUUAAUUAAGAAUAAUAAUGAUAGCAAUAAUGAAAAUACAGACCACCCUAAUACUUCACAGCAAAAAGAUAGUGAACAUUCCUCUUUGACUCCAAAUUCUGCUGUAACUUCAACUGUUACAGAUAAAAAAGGCAAUACAGUCAAACGAAAAUACUCCAGGAAUGGUUGCUCUGAGUGUAAGAGACGAAGAAUGAAAUGUGAUGAAACCAAACCGACUUGUUGGCAAUGUGCAAGAUUGAAUCGUCAUUGUAUUUACGUUUUAAAUCCCAAGAAUAAGAAAAGAAGAACCUCUAACGCUCAAAAAGUGAAGGAGUUUGGAAAACACAGCAUCAAUCUCGAUAACGAUCAUUUCAGUGAUCGCAAACGUCAGCAUUCGUCUUGCAAAGUUGAAAAGAAAAAAGCAGUACGAUCAGAUUUACAAGAUGACGCUACGAACGCUAAGCAUAUUUUAGAUAGUACCAAGAGCGUCCCUCUGGAUGAAAUAGAAUCUUUAGAGAUCCCAAACUUUGAUCUUACUACCACAAUGAAUGGAUAUGACGUCAAUUUGUUAAUGCAAAACUUAAAUGAUAUGGUUAAUAUGAAGCUUCAUGACUCUUAUUUAUUGAAUGAAGAACUGAAAGGAUUAGAUUUACCUGACUUGGAUAUUCCUGAACUUUUACCUGCACCGAAUUCCAACAGUAGUGUUCCUAUAUCCUUUCUGGUGAAUAAUGUAAUAACUUUCAACACAAAACUAAGCACUUUCAAAUUGGGCGGCAUUCACGAUAAGUAUCUAAAGAUUUUUUAUUAUGAUUGUUUAGAUUCUAUUGCGCCCUUUUUUCAAAACCAAGGAAACCCUUUGAGAGAUAUCUUACUCUCAUUCGCAAAAAAUGAGGCCUAUCUCUUAUCCUCUAUAUUAGCUACAGGAGCAUCUAUAGCGUAUAGAAAAUCCAGUGACUUAGAGGAUGAGCGGAAUUACUGUGCAUACCUUUCACAUUGUCUGAGUCUCUUAGGAGAACAAUUCAAGAAUGAGUCAAACGUUCUAAAUAGAAUAGAACCUAUUAUUCUAACAGUAAUCAUGCUUGCAUGGGAUUGCAUCUACUCUAUGAAUUCCCAAUGGAGGUCUCACUUAAAGGGGGUCACAGACCUUUUUAAGAAAAUUAGUACCGGGAACUCCUCGAAAGUGCUUAACGUUGCAAAAUGUUGGUUCAAAGUUAUGGAAACAUUUGCCAGCAUAAGCACGGUAUUCGGUGGAUCUCUCAUUGACAAUAACGAUCUAGAUGCGAUUUUUGACCCGUAUGAUUACCAAUACGUUGACUCAUUAAAAUUCUUAAAUAUCAUGACUCCUCUAAAUGAAUUCAAUCUUUUGAGAGGCCAUAAAGAGGAUUUUGAUCUCGUCAUCAAGGAAGUAUUCAAAUCGCUCAAUACCAUUAGGUUGACAGAGAAAUCCUAUUCUUCAAAAGAAGGAGGUCUGUUCACUGAGAAAUUAGAUUACUUGCUUUUGUCGUCUCAGACUUCAUCCGAAAAGUUCAAAGAUCGCAUAUCAUAUUUCAAUACCCAGAAAAUUCUUGUGGAAAUUGAUAAGCAACUAGAUUACGAGUUUAUUGACAAAUCUGGAAUUAUUCCUUCAAGCAAUCAAUCACACCCUAAAAUUAGUAAUAUUCAUGAUAAUGCCAUUGAUAUAGUGACCUUAAAAAACGGCGAGGAAAUUGCCAUUAGCUGGUAUGAUAUUUCUCACCAAACUCAAGUUUUAUCGUUUUUAUUAAUUGUACUAUUAAAACUUUUGGGUAUACCGAAAGAAUCAACCACUAUUCAACAAGUAGUCAAAAGGAUCAUGUCUUUUUUCAAGUUCUUAGAUAGUGAUUCACCUCCGCAAAAUUCAAGGACCUGCUAUUGUAAUUUUGCAGUAUUGAUUGCUGGUUUGAAUGCAAUGGACGAGGAAACAAGAGCAAUUGUUAAAAGAUACUAUAAGAUCAAUGGUGGAAAAUUCCAAAGACUUACAGAACAUAAUCUGAAUAGACUAGAGAAGGUCUGGUAUGGCAAAAAUCAAAACUACAAGUUGGAAGAACAAGAUGUGCUAACAUGGUAG